AUGAAAGGCCUCGGUGACAGCCGUCCCCGCCACCUCUCUGACAGCCUGGACCCACCACACGAGCCCCUGUUUGCAGGGCCUGACCGCAACCCCUACCUGCUGUCGCCCACGGAGGCCUUCGCCCGCGAGGCUCGCUUCCCUGGACAGAAUACUCUGCCAGGGGAUGGUCUCUUCCCACUCAACAACCAGCUGCCACCACCGAGCAGUACUUUCCCCCGCAUCCACUAUAACUCCCACUUCGAGGUGCCAGAGGAGAGCCCCUUCCCCAGCCAUGCCCAAGCCACCAAGAUCAACCGACUGCCUGCCAACCUCCUGGACCAGUUUGAGAAGCAGCUGCCCAUCCACCGCGAUGGCUUCAGCACGCUCCAGUUCCCUCGCGGCGAGGCCAAGGCCCGUGGUGAGAGUCCCGGCCGUAUCCGCCACCUGGUCCACUCAGUCCAGCGGCUCUUCUUCACCAAGGCACCCUCACUGGAGGGCACAGCAGGCAAGAUCGGUGGCAAUGGCAGCAAGAAAGGUGGCCUGGAGGACGGCAAGGGCCGGAGGGCCAAGAGCAAGGAGCGGGCCAAGGCUGGGGAGCCCAAACGGCGCAGCCGCUCCAACAUCUCGGGCUGGUGGAGCUCCGACGACAACUUGGACGGCGAGGGCGGUCCCUUCCGCAGCAGUGGGCCAGCCUCCGGGCUGAUGACGCUAGGCCGCCAGGCAGAACGCAGCCAGCCACGUUACUUCAUGCACGCCUACAACACCAUCAGCGGGCACAUGCUCAAAGCCUCCAAGAACAAUACCACUGAGCUGACUGCCCCGCCACCCCCACCCGCACCCCCAGCCUCCUGCCCCAGCCUUGGCGUGGGCACCGACACCAACUAUGUCAAGCGGGGCUCCUGGUCCACUCUGACCCUCAGCCAUGCCCACGAGGUCUGCCAGAAGACUUCAGCCACCUUGGAUAAGAGCAUGCUAAAGUCCAAAUCCUGCCACCAGGGUCUAGCCUACCACUACCUACAGGUGCCCGGAGGCGGCGGCGAGUGGAGCACCGCACUGCUGUCCCCGCGCGAGGCGGACACUACGGCGGAGGGUCACAUCCCGUGCCGGCGCAUGCGCAGCGGCAGCUACAUCAAGGCUAUGGGCGAUGAAGACAGCGACGAGUCCGGCGGCAGCCCAAAGCCCUCGCCCAAGACUGCGGCGCGGCGCCAGAGCUACCUGAGGGCCACGCAGCAGUCGCUGGGGGAGCAGAGCAACCCCCGCAGGAGUCUGGACCGCCUGGAUUCUGUAGACAUGCUGCUGCCCUCCAAGUGUCCGAGCUGGGAGGAAGACUACAACCCCAUCAGCGACAGUCUCAACGACUCCAGCUGCAUCAGCCAGAUUUUUGGACAGGCCUCCCUGAUCCCCCAGUUGUUUGGCCAUGAGCAGCAGGUACGCGAGGCCGACCUCAGCGACCAGUAUGAGGCGGCCUGCGAGUCCGCCUGCAGCGAAGCGGAGUCGGCAGCGGCGGAGGCACUUGACUUGCCGCUGCCGAGCUACUUCCGCUCCCGCAGCCACAGCUACCUGCGUGCGAUCCAGGCGGGCUGCUCGCAGGAGGAGGACAGUGUGUCCCUGCAGUCCCUCUCCCCACCGGCCAGCACCAGUAGCCUCAGCAACAGUCGCACGCUUCCGAGUUCAUCAUGCCUAGUGGCGUAUAAGAAGACCCCGCCACCGGUCCCUCCACGCACCACGUCAAAGCCGUUCAUCUCAGUCACAGUCCAGAGCAGUACCGAGUCUGCCCAGGACACCUACCUGGACAGCCAGGACCACAAGAGCGAGGUGACAAGCCAGUCGGGCCUGAGCAACUCGUCGGACAGCCUGGACAGCAGUACCCGACCACCCAGCGUGACACGAGGUGGAGUCACCCCAGCCUCUGAGGCCCCAGAACCACCUCCAAAACAUGCAGCUUUGAAGAGUGAACAAGGCACGCUGACCAGCUCAGAAUCCCACCCAGAGGCCAUCCCUAAAAGGAAACUGUCUUCUAUAGGAAUACAAGUUGACUGCAUUCAGCCAGUGCCAAAAGAGGAGCCCAGUCUCGCUACCAAAUUCCAGUCCAUCGGGGUUCAGGUAGAGGACGACUGGCGAAGCAGCGCCCCCUCUCACAGCAUGUCCUCCCGACGGGACACCGACUCAGAUACCCAGGAUGCCAAUGACUCGAGCUGUAAGUCAUCUGAGAGGAGCCUCCCGGACUGUACCCCACACCCCAACUCCAUCAGCAUUGAUGCUGGUCCUCGGCAGGCCCCCAAGAUUGCCCAGAUCAAGCGCAACCUCUCCUAUGGAGACAACAGCGACCCUGCCUUAGAGGCAUCCUCGCUGCCCCCACCUGACCCCUGGCUCGAGACCUCCUCCAGCUCCCCAGCAGAGCCGGCACAGCCCGGGGCCUGCCGCCGAGAUGGCUACUGGUUCUUGAAGCUACUGCAGGCAGAAACGGAGCGGCUGGAAGGCUGGUGCUGCCAGAUGGACAAGGAGACCAAAGAGAACAACCUCUCUGAAGAAGUCUUAGGAAAAGUCCUCAGUGCUGUGGGCAGUGCCCAACUACUGAUGUCCCAGAAAUUCCAGCAGUUCCGGGGCCUCUGUGAACAAAACUUGAACCCUGACGCCAACCCACGUCCAACAGCCCAGGACCUGGCAGGGUUCUGGGACCUGCUACAGCUGUCCAUCGAGGACAUCAGCAUGAAGUUUGAUGAACUCUACCACCUCAAGGCCAACAGCUGGCAGCUGGUGGAGACCCCCGAGAAGAGGAAGGAAGAGAAGAAACCACCCCCUCCAGUCCCAAAGAAGCCAGCCAAAUCCAAGCCAGCAGUGAGCCGCGACAAGGCCUCCGACGCUGGCGACAAGCAGCGUCAGGAGGCCCGCAAGAGACUCCUGGCAGCCAAGCGGGCAGCUUCUGUGAGGCAGAACUCAGCCACAGAGAGUGCGGACAGCAUCGAGAUUUAUGUCCCCGAGGCCCAGACCCGGCUCUGAGACCAGGAAGCAAAUAAUUUUAAGUCAUUUAAAAAAAAAUUACACAAGCUAAAUGCAAAUGGAACAAAAAUUUUUUCAACCUUUAGUAUGGUUAUUCUAUCUAGAGACCCUGAGCCAACUUUCAAAUUGACGCAUACAAGGGCUCACAAUUUGGCUUUUUUGGGUCCCUCCCAGCUUUAGGUUAUGAAGACUUCACAUAAAAACAGUCAACAGAAACACCAAACUCUUUUUUUCCUCUUGCUGGCCGUGGUGGACAAGGUAGAUGGACUUCGGCGCUUGCCCGGCCCAACCUCCAGACUGCGGUCUUUUUACUCGUUCUAAUGAGAACUUAAACUAGCUUGUUUACAA